CCUCUUCCCACGUUCCUUAACAUUUAAUUCUUCUUCCUUUUCACGACCCUCGGCAAAAGCCUUCAAUAAUCCGCAUAAUGGCCCCAAAACCAACAAUCUACCUAAUCCGCCACGGCGAAAAACCCCCCAAACUCCCCUCUGGCAAAGACGCCGAUGGUCUGUCUGCUGAGGGCCUCGAGCGUGCGCAGGGUUUGAAACGGGUGUUUGGGCCGGGUUCGGGGUUUGAUAUUGGUUGUAUUGUUGCUGAGCGGCCUAAGAAAGAUGGAUCUCGCGACCGUCCAUAUGAGACGAUCGAACCGCUCGCGGAGGAGUUGGGCGUUAAGGUCGAUAAGAGUAUUGAGCGGGAUGAUGCUGCUGAAGCGGCGGAGAAGGCGAAGGCGUAUCGGGGGGAGGGGAAUGUUUUGGUUUGUUGGGAACAUGGGGUCCUGGGCAAGAUUGUAGAGGCGUUGGGCGUCCCGGGUGGGGCGACGUAUCCGGGGGAUAGGUUUGAUGUUAUUUGGAGUGUGAGUGAGCCGUAUGAUACGUUGGUUUGGGUUGGGAGUGAGGGGAUUCCGGGGUUGGAUGAUGGGAGUGCGGGUGAGAGUGGGAGUGUGGGAGGGGUGGGACCUGUUGUGCCUGGGACGGAGUGAGGGUUGACUUGAAAGUUUACUUGAGGUUUACGGCAGGAACUUAGGAUAUAAAACUCGCAUGCAUGAUAGUAUGAUAAGUUUGGAGCGUUUAAAGUUCAAAAAUAGCUUGGAUUGCUAUGAAACUACAACCUGAACCUUCUCUCAAC